AUGCUACUGCCCCUGACCGUUUCUUCUGCUGACAGCACUGCCCGCUCACAGUGGCAGACUCGUGACGCCCACGCUCGCUUUGCUAUUCGCAACUCCCUGCCGAUAGAUGAGCGCGAGCACUUUGGCCAGCACAAGACCGCAAAGGAACUGUACACUGCUGUCGUUGCCCGCUACUCCUCACCUGCCUCUGCCGCACUAGGCCGUCUCUCACUCCCCUACCUGUUCCCCGACCUGGCCUCUUUUCACACAGUUGCUGACCUCAUCACGCACCUCCGUACUAGUGAGGCCCGCUUCCGUGCCGCUAUGCCCGAUGAGUUCCUUGCUAAGAACCCCCCCCCGCCCUGGCUCACUCUCUACCACUUAGUCACCCGCCUCCCUGACUCUCUGCGUGCAGUCAGGGAUCACUUCCUCGCUCGCUGCCCCACUGAGCUCACCAUUGCCCUCCUCGAGAAGGAACUACUUGCAGCUGAGGCUAGCAUAGUCGCUGUAGGUGCCUCUCGUGGCGACCCCCGCACCCCCUUCUUUGAGGGGUGUUCCCCUUCCCCCCUUCUUCCCUCUGUAGCCUCUGCUUCUGCUGUCGACCUCCUUGGUGCUGAGAAGGUCGGGACUGCGUCCGCUUCGAGCUGGCGCCGCAGGGGCAAAGGGGGCAAGGGAGGCGGAGGUGACGGCGGGGGAGGCGGUGGUGGAGGCGGUGGCGGUGGUGGGGGUGGUGGUGGGGCUGGAGGGACUAGUGGCAGCAGUGGGGGUAGUGGCGGCAGCGGCGGGGGAGGUGGCAGGGGCGGGGGCGGUGGUGGGGGCUGGAAGUGGCCAGAGCAGCAGCACACUCCGUCACCCGAGGAGGCCCGUGAGUGGUACUCUCAGCACGGGGGGGGGGGGGGGGGUGGACUUAGCUGCACGUACGUCAUCCGCACUGGUGACCGCACUGGUCAGACGUGUGGGAGGGCGCACACCACGCAGCGCUGCUUCUCUCGCCUCGACGACGCCUGGCGUACUCAGUUCCCUGAUGCCACUGAGCUGCCCCGCUGGUUUGAUCUGAUGAAGAAGGGAGUUGAUAUCUAUGCUCUAGACUUUGAUGCUAUUCUCACUGCCAUGUAUGUGAUGUCUACUAGUGGAGAGGGUGCUCAGUACCUGUGUGUUCCGCCCGACCCGGGCAUUCAAGCCAGUGAGGCUGCCGCUCUAGGUGCUAGUGAGACUGCCACUCCAGGUACUCGCGUGUCUGCUACCCCAGGUGCUGGUGAGGCUGCUGCUCUAGGUGCUCGUGAGUCUGUGCCCCCUGGUACUGAGUCGACUGAGGCACUGCACACCUUCACACUGGACUCAAGUGCUUCUCGCUGUUUCUUUCGUGACCGCACUGUCCUUGAGCCGCUGGCUCGGCCAGUUGCUGUCUCCCUCGCUGACCCCUCUGGGGGUCCGGUCAUUGCGACCUCCUUCACGGUCCUUCCCUGUCCUGCGGCCCCAUCGGGCACACUGUCCAGUCUCCACCUCCCCUCGUUCUCUACGAACUUGGUGGCGGGUUGUGCGCUCCAGGACGGGGGUGUUCACCAGUUCACCCCUGCCUACGAGCGCGUGACACACUGCACGUGUGCUCGGACGGGCCGUCACCUGGCUACCUUCACUCGGCAGCCGGGGUCGGACCUGUACACACUGACCACUGAGUCCCCUCAGGUAGCUGCGUCAGCGUCUGCGUCUACGUCAGGUCAGCUGUCGGCCCCCUGCUCGUGUCGCUCUCUGGCGCACGAGACCGUCCUCUGGCACCACCGACUUGGUCACCCGUCCGUGCAGCGCCUUCGUGCAAUGCACAAGCGGUACCUUGUCUCUGGUCUUCCCAGAGUUCUCCCUCCCCUCCCACCCUCGCCUGCUCCUCCCUGUCUUCCCUGUGUCGAGGGGCGGCAGCGCGCCGCUCCUCACUCCUCCUCGUUUCCCCCGACGACUGCUCCCUUGCAGACGCUCCACAUGGACGUGUGGGGCCCAGCCCGCGUCCGGGGACGGGGUCAGGAGCGGUACUUCCUGAUUGUUGUUGACGACUACUCGCGCUACACCACGGUCUUCCCCUUGCGCACCAAGGGUGAGGUCCCUGAUGUCUUGAUCCCUUGGAUCCGCGCUUCUCGUCUCCAGCUCAGCGAGCGUUUCCACUUCUACUUUCCUGUCCUGCGUUUGCACUCUGACAGAGGUGGUGAGUUCUCCUCUGACCUCUUGACAGCCUACUGUGCGGAGCACGGCAUUGAGCAGUCGUUCACGCUUCCGGCCUCUCCACAGCAGAAUGGGGUUGCUGAGCGCCGCAUUGGCUUGGUCAUGGAGGUCGCUCGUACCUCCUUGAUCCAUGCAGCUGCCCCCCACUUUCUGUGGCCGUUUGCGGUCCGAUACGCUGCGCAUCAACUCAACCUCUGGCCCCGUGUCUCCUUGCCAGAGACUUCCCCGACACUGCGUUGGACGGGAGAGGUUGGCGAUGCGUUGCGUUUUCGGGUCUGGGGAUCUCGAGCUUUUGUUCGCGAUACGUCCGCGGACAAGCUCUCCUCCUGCACUGUUCCUUGUGUCUUCCUUGGCUUUAAGUAG